AUGGCAAUGCAAGCAGAAUCAUCACAAGGCGCAGACGCGCCGCCAUCACCAACAUCAUCGGCAAGAAAUGCCACUGAAAAGAACAGCAAGAAGCGCUCCUCUCCCUCCGGCGACUCGGAGCAACCUGAAAAGAUCACAAAGCGACGCGCUGCCCGUGCUUGCGUGUCAUGUCGAGCACGAAAGGUCCGAUGCGAUGUGGUCGAGGGAGCUCCUUGUGGAAACUGUCGCUGGGAUAACGUCGAGUGUGUUGUGCAAGAAAGCCGCAGGCGAAAGAAGAAUCUUUACACGGCCAGCACCGCAGGCCAAUCCGUCUCCACAGAAGCUCAAUUGCGCUGCAAAACAGCAACAGCCAGCAAUCCCAAUCCCACAGGCACAGGCACAGGCCCAAGCAAGAUCCCCAGUGGAGGCAUGAGCACUGCAGACUUUCGACGACCCAGCAGUGGCUCGGCGAUUUCAACGAGCAGCAUCGACGCCCCUAGUUCGUUCCUGAACAGUUCCGCACUCGACAGCCACGUCCCGCACAUGAUCUAUCAACGCUCUGGCUACCGCCGAGACUCGACGUCAUUGAACAAAGUGCAGUCUGUGGAAUCUAACGCUCAUCGCUCCUCAUGGUCCAGUAUCAUCCCCGACAGCAACUUCUUCGACACCCUCCGCACCACUCAAUUACUCGGUUCUUUGGAGGAAAAGGACACCACACCGCUCCAGUUCCCUGCAUUCCUGCGACCUCUACCGAAUAAGAUCGCUCCUGAAGAUGUCGAGUACCUCAAGAUCAAGGGUGCACUCUCUGUGCCCACACUCCCACUACAGAAUGCGCUCCUCCAGGCUUACGUUGAAUAUGUCCACCCAUACAUGCCGCUUAUGGACCUGAACAGCUUUCUCGGCGUUAUUAGCAGUCGCGAUGGUCAGAAUGGCCAGACCAGUCUGUUUCUUUACCAGGCCGUCAUGUUUGCAGCGUCAGCCUUUGUUGAUAUGAAAUAUCUCCGUGAGGGUGGUUACACAACCCGAAAAGCAGCCCGCAAAUCCUUCUUCCAAAAGACAAGAUUACUCUACGAUUUUGAUUACGAGUCAGACCGCCUUGUCCUUGUACAAGCCCUUCUUUUGAUGACAUACUGGUACGAGACACCAGAUGAUCAGAAAGACACAUGGCACUGGAUGGGUGUGGCCAUCUCACUGGCACACACCAUCGGUCUUCACCGUAACCCUGGAUCCACGAGCAUGGCCCCAGCCAAGCAAAAGCUCUGGAAGCGAAUCUGGUGGUCAUGCUUCAUGCGAGACCGUCUAAUCGCCCUCGGCAUGCGACGUCCCACACGUAUCAAGGAUGAGGAUUUUGACGUGCCUAUGCUUGAGGAGAGCGACUUCGAGAUCGAAGUUCUGCCCGAGAGCAACACCAUCAUCCCCACCAGUUGCACAUUGGUCCGCAACCUAGAUAUGCAGCGAGAGCUAGCCAUUAUGUGCAUUGCCAAGGCACAGCUCUGCGUAUGUAUCAGCCGUAUGCUCAAGGCACAAUAUUCAGUUCUCAUCCGCGAUAAGAUGAAGCCUGAAAACACCACUAACAGCACCAUGAUGCUCUUCCCUAAUAAGCAAUUAGACAACGUCGAGAGUGUUACUGAGGUGGACCACGAACUUAUGGCAUGGGCUGAGUCGCUACCAGCCUGCUGCCAAUAUCGCACACUGACACCCUUGGACGUCAAGGAUGGACGAUCCACAGUAGCUGUGCAGCGAACACUUCUACAUAUGGUUUACUACACCACAAUAUCGGCACUACACCGACCCCAAUUCUUGCCUUCAUCACCUCUCCAGGCCCCGACAACAUCGCGACAAGUCCAGGACAUGUCUCGACUUCGAGUCCGCGAUGCUGCGAUGCACAUUACUCGGAUGGCUACAGAGCUUCACCAAUACCGUCUGGAGCGAUUCCUGCCAACAACCGGUGUCACGGUCAUUCUGCCUGCCAUGAUCAUCCACCUCCUUGAGAUGAAGAACCCUACACCCCAGGCUCGGGAACGUGCUACAAGGGGAUUCCGCCAAUGUAUGCGGGUCAUGGAAAAACUCCGAGAGGUUUAUGCUGCUGCCGACUACGCAACUGGUUUCCUCGACGCUGCUCUGCGCAAGGCCGCCAUUGAUAUCAACUCCAGCGUUGCUCCUUCGACUUUGGCCAUGAUGAAGCGAGUACCUAUCGAGUUCAGCGCGCAGACCCCACCGCCAGAGAAUGCACCAUAUAUGACAGCCUCAGAGUCUCUGUUCAACGAGAGGCCCAAGGAGCCUCGACCAGUGGCAGCACCUACCAUGAUGCCACCAAACACUGUCAACGCUGCGGUUUUGGAGAUGCCCACACACUCACCGCCCCAAACGGAGAUGGAUUCUCCCGCUACUAGUUUGACACCAAGCGUCAGUGCUGGUUCUGAUGAGAUUCAGCUUGAGGUCGACAACAUGGACCUCGAUUUCAUGCAGGGCCACGACGAGUUCGACUGGAACGCUGUGGCCGGAACCGACUUUGACGUCGACCAGUGGCUCCAAUUCCCUCCCGAGGGUGUUAACAAUCAGGACGAUAACUUGAUUGCUGGCGUCCUGGGUGUCGACGAACCUACUAUGUCUGCUGAGCAAGCACUAACUUGGGCCAUCAAUGCCGAAGCUGAUGCAUCCCGUCAGAAUGAAAACCGCGAAAUUCAUGCGUCAGCUUAG